ACACAGAAAUUUCUCAAAAAGCUCACUGAAAAUGUCUCUGAUCCCAAGAAUCUUCGGCGAUCGACGUAGCAGCAGCAUGUUUGAUCCAUUCUCAAUUGACAUGUUUGAUCCAUUUAGGGAAUUAGGCUUCCCAGGUAACAAUUCAGGGGAGACCUCUACAUUUGCUAACACUCGAAUUGAUUGGAAGGAAACCCCAGAAGCUCAUGUGUUCAAGGCUGAUCUUCCAGGGCUUAAGAAGGAGGAAGUGAAGGUGGAGAUCGAAGAAGAUAGGGUUCUUCAAAUCAGCGGAGAGAGGAAUGUGGAGAAAGAAGAUAAGAAUGAUAAGUGGCAUCGUGUGGAACGAAGCAGCGGCAAAUUCAGUAGAAGAUUCAGACUUCCGGAGAACGCAAAGAUGGAUCAAGUUAAGGCGUCUAUGGAGAAUGGAGUGCUUACUGUCACUGUUCCAAAGGAAGAAAUGAAGAAGCCUGAUGUUAAGUCUAUUGAAAUAUCUGGUUAAAAAUUCAUUUGUGAAUUAAGUGGUAGUAUAUGCUGUAUGAGCAAAUAAUCAGUUGUUGUGUCUCUGUAUUCAAGUGUUGAGUUGCCUCUGUUUCUAAGUUCAAUAUGAAAUACUAGUCCUUUUGAUUCUGUU